AUGAUUCACGGUCCUUGCGGCAAUUUACGAUCAAGCAGUCCUUGUAUGCAGGGUGAUCCUAAAAUUUGUCGUUUUCACUAUCCUAGACAAUUUAACGAACAGACGACACAAGGAGAAGAUUCGUAUCCGUUGUAUCGAAGGAGAGACACCGGGAUAGAAGUGGACCUACGAGGACAAACACUUGAUAAUAGAUGGGUGGUCCCAUAUAACCCAAGGCUUUUGAUGAUGUUUAACUGCCACAUGAAUGUUGAAGUUUGCUCAAGUAUAAAAUCUGUGAAAUAUCUUUUCAAGUAUGUUUAUAAAGGACAUGACAAACAGGUUAUUCAAGUCGAUCAAAGUGAGCCAGGGGUUGUUAUUAAUGAGAUAAAAAGAUUUCAAGAUGCACGCUACAUAUCGCCCCCAGAGGCUAUGUGGCGAAUUUUUUCCUUCUCUCUUUCUCAAAUCUUUCCUGCUGUUCUAGCCUUACAACUUCAUCUCCCAAAUAAUCAGAUGGUUAGAUUUAGAGAUGAUGACUUGAUGCCUAAUAUUGUUGAUAGGGAAAGGGAUAAGAGAACCAUGCUAACAGCAUUUUUUGAUCAGAAUAGAAACGAUGAAACAGCAAGGGUACAUUUGUAUAAAGAUUUUCCAAAACACUAUACUUGGAAUGGAAGCACACGCCGUUGGAGUCGUCGUUUCGGUAAAAAACAAAGAGGUCGUAUCGUUUCCGCUAAUCCAGCCGAAGGAGAAAGGUACUACUUACGCCUACUUUUGUCAAAUGUCAGAGGGCCUACUUCUUUCGAACAUCUUUGCACAGUUAAUGGUCAACGGUGUGCGACAUUUCGGAAAGCAGCUCUUGAGUUAGGCUUAAUAGAAGACGAUGAAUAUCUAUCACAAUGUCUCGAAGAAGCCUCUACGUUUCAGUUUCCCAAUGCUCUUAGAAGGUUAUUUGCGACCAUAAUGAUUUUUUGCCAACCUGGAGAUGUUCGAAAGUUAUGGAAUGACCACUUUGAUUCACUAUCUGAAGAUCAUCGGUUACACUGUCAAAGUAUAGAACGAGUUCAAAAUAUGGUUCUUACCGAAAUAAGUGUCUUGGUACAAUCCAUGGGUAAAAAUUUCAAUGAAUUCGACCUUCCUAAGAUAACUGACGAUGUUAACUUACAAGAUGCAGGUUAUCGUGAGUUACAAGAAGAGUAUGGGAUUGUUUUGGAACCUGAACACUUGAGUGCCAAACAUUCACUUAAUCCGGACCAAAAAAAAUGUGUUUGA